UGUGAGAGGAGGAGCACCGGCGCGCACACACCCCACGUCUGGCUGCUCUUCGCGACCUGGAGAAGAGAUUGGCCCUUUUCCCCGCGGCGAGCUUGCUUGCUUGAGCCGCUCUGGAAGCAGCCGGGAUGGUCACCUCCCCGGCUUGUGCCGGUUGCCCUGCCUUCCGCCCUGGGCUGGGUCAGGGUGGAAGCGGCCCGGCAGCUUCCCGGCUCCUCCUAGAGCGAGCGGGGCGAAAAGGGCGCUGCUCUGCCCCACUGGGCCGCCGGGGGCGUCAUCGGCACUGGUGAACUUGCCCCGCUCCCCAGAGGUGCGGCGAAGAGAAAGCGAGGAAGGAGUGGACUCUCUCCCACAGCCCUGAAACAGCCGCGCAUAUAAGGGGUGGUGGGUAGGAGGUGCCCUCCUAGGGCUCCCCUCCAGGAGUGGAGAGUCUGUCAGAAGUGGAGAGUCUGGUUCCUUGCUCUGAUGGCGCUGCUGUGUCUGGCCCUUCUCCUUUCCUCUGGAAGAUCCAACUCUGGAAAGGCAUUUUAAAAGCCACCGAGAUGCAGUUACUGGUGUUGAUUUUAGUCUAAAUAAGAAACAAUUAGUAAGUGGCUCUAUGGAUUCGUGCUUGAUGGUCUGGAGUUUGAAACCUCAAAUGAGAGCCUAUCGCUUUGUUGGUCACAAAGAUGCAGUAAUGUGUGUGCAAUUUUCACCUUCUGGCCAUCUGAUUGCUUCAGGUUCUAGAGACAAAACAGUUCGUUUGUGGGUGCCAAGUGUAAAAGGAGAAUCAACUGCAUUCAAGGCUCAUACAGCAACAGUCAGAAGUGUUCACUUUUCCAGUGAUGGCCAAUCAUUGGUUACAGCCUCUGAUGACAAAUCAGUUAAGGUGUGGGCUGUCCACAGACAAAAAUUCUUAUUCUCAUUCAGUCAGCAUAUAAACUGGGUUCGCUGUGCUAAAUUUUCUCCUGAUGGAAGAUUGAUAGUAUCAUCCAGUGAUGACAGAACUGUCAAGCUUUGGGAUAAAGCAAGUAGAGAAUGUAUACAUUCUUUCUGUGAGCAUAGUGGGUUUGUACCUCACGUGGACUUUCAUCCUAGUGGUACUUGUAUUGCUUCAGCUAGUACAGACAAUACAGUGAAGGUAUGGGAUGUUAGAAUGAAUAGACUCCUGCAGCAUUAUCAAGUACACAGUGCUUCAGUGAACUCUCUGUCCUUUCACCCAUCUGGAAAUUACCUCAUUACUGCUUCCAAUGAUUCAACUUUAAAAAUAUUGGAUUUACUAGAGGGGCGGCUGCUAUAUACACUUCAUGGUCACCAGGGGCCAGCUACUUGUGUUGCUUUUUCAAGAACAGGAGAAUUCUUUGCUUCUGGUAGCUUUGAUGAGCAGGUGAUGGUGUGGAAGACUAACUUUGAUGCUGCUGAUUAUAGCGAUGUACUGAAAACACAGAAAUACAGUAUGAAUGUGAAUGGUGCUUUUAAUAAUGUGAAACCAAUGGAUACUGGCAAUGGUGAUAUUCAGAAAUCUGGAACUUCCAGACAGGAAAAGCAGUCAGAGAUGGAUUUUGGAGAAAUUCCAGACAAACAAAAAACUCAAGAAGCUGUAGAAAUGGUCCGAAAGCAACAAGAACAAAUUGAUGAGACCAGUCUUGCCACUACCCUACAGCAUAUUGUGGGACAACUAGAUGUCCUUACCCAGACGGUUUCCAUUCUGGAACAAAGACUGACGUUAACAGAAGAUAAACUGAAGGAAUGUCUUGAAAAUCAACAAAAGAUUGCUCAAAGUAAAUCCAACUGAUCCCCAGAGACAUGAGGAGGCCAGUGUUGUUGGGGUAUGACUAUGUAUGUGCAUUUUAAGUAUUCUGUGUGAAUGGUUUUUACAUUCCUAUUUUAUUAGAAUGAAUUGUACAGCAAAUGGUGUCUGUAAAUACUUUUUUGUUAAGAUUAAACUUCCUUUUCUUACUAAA